CGUUAUUUUUACGGUUACUAGCCUUUCCUCACUAUGCACCAGCAUCGUUGUUUACGUGAUGCUCAAGGAAACACCAUCCUCCAUCUUCGCAAAGAGCAGCUAUUUAGAGAUCGAUGGAAAGCGUUUAGAGGCCAAAAUAUGGAACAAUUGGAGUUCUUUACUCGGAAUGUGGAUGUGUUCUUGGCAAAUAACAGCACUGGAGUUUGUGACUUCAAGCUCGUUGAAGCAGGUUUCUUUGCACGAACUUGGGUUGUUAACAUCGCUGAAUCUGACAUUGUUGUUGCCCAGAUAAAGCACAAGUUGGGUAGAUUUUUUACAAGAGAAAAGCUCAUGGUUACAAUAUCUCCAAACAUUGAUUACGCGUUCAUAGUGGCUCUAACUGUGACACUUGAUGACUACAUCAGGAGGAGGAGGAGAAGUAGAAGGAGAAGAAUAUAAGAAGAAUUUCACAACAGAAAAAAAAAAAUUAAGCUUUAUGCAUGGAACAUUAGGAUGAUAUACCUGUUAUAUAUGAUUUUAGUUAUAUGGAAAAAGUGCGGUAACCAAAAUUUUUCAGCCAUAAUCA